AUGGCACCUAAGAAAAAGGGCAGCAAGAAGCAGCAGGAGAGCUGGGAAGCUGAGCUUGGAGAAACCGUUCCAGCUGCCACUACCACCGCAGAUGCCAACGACGAUGCUGCCAACAACACCAAUAAGGAUGAAAACAAGAAUGAGGAUGACGGAAUGGAUGGCGGCCUCCUAGCCGCUCUGAAGAAGAACAGGAGCAAAAAAGCUAAGAGAAGCAAGGGGACCGGUAAUGAUUUUGUUGAAGGGGAGGAUCCCAUGGCUUCUACUGCUGCAACUGCUGCAGAUGAUGCGAGCAAGCAGCCACAGGAAGGUAGCUUUGAGGGGGAUGAAGACGAUGUCUUUUCGGGGAAUGCUAGUGCCCGACAGAGGGCUAAGGAUAAAGCGGCUGCGUUGAGAGAAAAGGCUGCUGAGUCUAAGGAGGCCGGGGAAGGAGGCAGGAUAAAAUCGAAGAAAGAAAAGGAGAAGGAGAAGAAGGAGAGGGAGAAGCAGAGGAAGAAGGAGCAGGCUGCGAAAAAGAAGACUGCUGCUCCCGCUGCUGCUCCCGCGCCAAAGGCUGAACCUGCUAAACCGGUUGCUGAAGAAAAACCUCAAGCUCCUGCUGCGGCCCCUCCCGCUGCUGCUGAGACCGGUGGUAAAAAGAAGAAGCUUCCCGCCCAUCUCGCUGCGAUCCAGAGACAGCAAGAGGCUCUACGGAAACAGCAGGAGGAGAUUGCGCGCCUUGAGGCUGAGGAGAAAGCUGCAGCAGAAGAACGACAGAGGCAGUGGGAGGAAGAGGAGCGGAAGAAGGAGGAAGCUCGACAACGCAGGAAGGAAAAAGAGCGCGAGAAGAAAGAGCAAUUGAGAAAGGAGGGGAAGCUUCUUACCAAGGCUCAGAAGGAAGCUCAACAGCGUAAUGAGCUCCGGAAGCAGCAGAUGCUCGCGGCUGGUGCGGUAGUUGCAGGUUUAGAAGAGGAGCCGGUGGAAAGGAAGAAGCCGGUCUAUGAGAAUAAAAAGAAGCGUAGCACGAAGAAGCAAGAGGAUGACUUGGAGGCCGCUGCUGCUAGAGCGGAGGCUCAACGGCUAGAACUCGAGGCUGAAAGGGCAAAGAAGGAAGAGGAGGAACGCAAACGUGCAGAGGAAAAAGCAGCUGCUGAAGCGGCCGCUGCGAAGGAGGCGGAAGUUGGUGGCAUUAAAGAGAGCUGGGAUAUGUCAUCAGAUGAGGAGCAAGAAGAGGCUGAACCAGCAACCAACGGUGCUGAAAAGGCAGAAGGGAGCGGCAAAAAUUCUGAACAGCAGUCUGAGGAGGAGGAAUCUGAUGAAGAGGAAUCUGAUGAAGAGACCACUGCAAAUCAACGAGCUAUCGCCCAGCGAAAAGCAGAGGCAGCGGAAAGACGGAGGAAACAACACGAAGAGGCUCUUGCCGCGCGAUCAGCAGAUAAUCUCCGAUCUCCGAUUUGUUGUAUUCUUGGACACGUCGAUACGGGUAAGACGAAGCUUUUGGAUAAAAUCAGACAAACAAACGUCCAAGAGGGGGAGGCUGGCGGUAUCACGCAGCAGAUUGGUGCUACGUAUUUCCCCGUUGAUGCGCUGCAGCAAAAGACUGCCGUUGUCAACAAGGAUGGCUCUUUUGAAUUCAAGGUCCCUGGUCUCCUCGUUAUUGAUACCCCUGGUCACGAGUCGUUCUCUAAUCUGCGUUCAAGAGGUUCUUCGCUCUGUAACAUUGCCAUUCUCGUGGUAGAUAUUAUGCACGGCUUGGAACCACAGACUCUCGAGUCCAUGAAACUUCUUCGAGAUAGGAAGACGCCCUUCAUUGUUGCACUGAACAAGAUUGAUCGUCUCUACGGCUGGAAGAAGAUUGACAACAACGGUAUCCAGGAUAGUUUGGCUUUGCAAAAUAAGGGUGUUCAGAACGAGUUCAGAGACCGAGUUGAUAGGACGAAACUCGCAUUUGCGGAACAAGGGUUCAACUCGGAACUGUACUGGGAGAAUAAGUCCAUGGCCAGGAACGUGUCUCUUGUUCCUACCUCUGCGCAUACUGGUGAAGGUGUUCCGGACAUGCUCAAGCUUCUUGUCGCUCUCACGCAGGAGCGCAUGACGAAACAGCUCAUGUAUCUCACCGAGGUUGAAUGUACUGUUCUCGAAGUUAAAGUUAUUGAAGGCCUCGGCACAACCAUCGACGUAGUCCUGUCGAACGGUGUGCUGCGUGAGGGUGACCGGAUUGUUUUGUGCGGCCUAAACGGAGCAAUUGCGACAAAUAUCCGAGCACUCCUAACACCAGCGCCACUCAAAGAACUCCGUCUUAAAUCGCAAUACGUUCACAACAAAGAAGUCAAAGCAGCCCUGGGUGUAAAGAUCGCUGCCAACGAUCUCGAACACGCUAUCGCUGGGUCCCGUCUCCUCGUCGUUGGCCCCGAUGAUGACGAAGAAGACCUCGAAGAUGAAGUCAUGUCAGAUCUCGAAAAUCUCCUCAGCAAAGUUUCCAAAGACAACCGCGGUGUCAGCGUGCAAGCCUCCACCCUUGGCUCCCUCGAAGCCCUCCUCGAGUUCCUCCGCGUCUCCAAGAUCCCCGUCGCCAACAUCUCCAUUGGCCCCGUGUACAAGCGCGAUGUCAUGCGCGCAGGUACCAUGUUGGAAAAAGCCAAGCAGUUCGCUGUCAUGUUGUGUUUUGAUGUUAAAGUUGAUAAAGAGGCGCAGGCGUACGCUGACGAAGUGGGGAUUAAGAUCUUCACGGCGGACAUUAUCUAUCACCUCUUCGACGACUUUACGAAACACAUGCAGCAUAUCACUGAGCAGAAGAAGGAGGAAAGUAAACUGCUUGCGGUGUUCCCCUGCGUGCUUCGUACAGUAGCUGUGUUUAAUAAGAAGGACCCCAUCGUCAUCGGGGUGGAUGUUGUCGAGGGCUCGUUGCGUAUGCUCACGCCCAUCGCCGCUGUUAAAAAUAACCCCGUCACUGGCGUCAAGGAGAUUAUCAAUCUGGGCAGAGUCCAAUCCAUUGAACGCGAACACAAGCAGAUCCCGCUCUGUAAGAAGGGUCAACCAUCCGUGGCCAUUAAGAUAGAGGGCCCCAACCAACCGCUCUAUGGCCGCCAGCUUGAGGAGUCAGACACUCUGUACUCGCUCAUCUCGCGGCCGAGCAUUGACACACUCAAAGAGUUCUAUCGACCCGAGGUCUCGAUGGAUGAGUGGGUUCUUAUCAAGAAGUUGAAGCCGUUGUUUGAUAUUCCUUGA